AUGCAGCCCUCCUCUGCGCCGGAAUCGAAGAAUCUUCCUCUCAAGCCUGCCCAUAUAUUUUCGCCCAAAACAUUUAAUCUUCCAAUCUUUGGAAGACCUUCAUCUCGAGGCUUUGGUGUUCUUUCGCCGAUAGCUCCUCCUGCAUUCCUCGACCGUGCCGGAGUCGAAGACCUUCCUCUCAAGCCUUGCUCUUUCCCGUCUGUCUCUAAUCGGAGGGCCGACAUAUUGCUCAUCACCGUGUUCGACUCACGCUGGCGCAUUAGCCUCAGCUAG